GGAAAAUUCUGCUCAGAUCGUGACAUCUGUGAGUGAGACACGUUAAGCUGUCUUUCAAGUUCAUGUCAUCAUCACACAUGGAUGGGCUGCGUAUUCUUCGUGGUUCUUUUCGGAAUUGUUUCUUAUAGUCAUGGUUGGAUUUCUGGAUCAGAUUUUGAGGUAACAGUCACACCAGGAGACAACAUCACUCUCUAUUGUGACUGCAAAUUAUCACCUGGAGUAUACAUUGUAUGGUACAGAAACUGUUCUCAUGAGAACCAGCCUUCACUUGUUCUAAAAGUAAAACAUAAUCCAGGGAAAUAUCCCAGUGAUUACACAGCCAUUCUGAAUCCAUUCCCUCGUUUUCAUUUGGUGAAGAACCAUUCCUCUGAUUCCUAUGACCUGUUGAUCAUGAACAUCACUGAUUCUGAUGAGGGUCUCUACUACUGUGGAACUGAACAGUUUAAAGUAGAAGAUAAGGGCUUCAUCAUUUCCAAGGAAAUUUACAGUUAUGGCAACAUCAAAACAAGGAUCUUAUUCAACUCCAGUGAAUCUUAUCACCAUGAGACUCCACAAGACUGUACUGGUUCGUGCUGGAUGCUUCUGUUCUCUCUGUGUCCAGCUGUCGCAGUUCUCUCCUCUCUCCUCUCCUCUCUUCUGAUUUAUCACUUCUGUAAGAAAAAAGCUCAGGAACAUCAAGUUGAUGAGAAAAGAUCUAGCAACAGAGACCAGACAAGAAGAAAUGUGGAUGAAGAUGUGUGUUACACUGCAUUGGAAAUCCGUCAGCCAUCACAGAGGCCAAAGUCGAAGAAAACCCAGAGUUCAGAUUUCAGCACUUAUUCUGGCAUCAAUACUUGUAGGAUGUAAUGAACCUAACUAAAAGAAAUUGUGUGUGAAUUUCGUGUUAGUGAUAUACAGCAUGUUGCUUUAUUACUCAGUGAUUUAUAAAGCCAUCAGUGCUACUAUUCUGCAAAUGAAAUGGUGAUACAGACUUCAA